ACUUGAUCCUAAUCACAAUGUAAAUACUAUAUAUAUAUAUAUAUAUAUAGAUAGAUUUAGUUCAAAGUCUUCUCCUUUCCCUUUUAAAAAUUAGAAAUUCCCACACAAAGCCAAACAAGUUCUCCCCUUUUUUUCUUACAUUCACCGAAUCACCAUCUCUUCAUAGUUCAUAAAUUUUCUUGCAAGUUCUGUUUGGUGCAAGAGAAAAUCAAUAUGGGUAAUAUCAAAAUCUCCCAAACUUUCAAGACACAAGUUACUCCCUCUAGGAUGUUCAAGGCCUUGAUCCUCGACUCCCACAACCUCUGCCCCAAUCUCAUGUUUUCGUCCAUAAAGAGCAUCGAAUGCAUUGAAGGCGACGGAGAUGUUGGAAGCAUCAGACAGAUGAACUUCACAGAAGCUAGUCCUUUCAGAUACGUGAAGCACCGGAUAGACGCGCUGGACAAGGAGAACUUCAUGUGCAAGUACACUUUGAUCGAAGGUGAUGCGUUGAUGGACAAGCUCGAAUCUGUCACAUACGAGGUCAAAUUCGAGGCAUAUGGUUACAGAGGAUGUAUUUGUAAGUUGACGAGCGAGUACAAAACGAAAGACAACGUAGACAUCAAAGAAGAAGACAUUGAGCUCGGAAAGGAUAGAGCAGUUGGGAUGUAUGAAGUUGUGGAAGCCUACCUCAUGGCACACCCCAAAGCCUAUGCUUAGAAGAAAAAAUAUAUAUAUAUUAUUGUGAAGUAUUGCAAAUUUGUGUGUGUGUGUGUGUUUUUUUUUUUAAAUCCAUCUAACAGUACGUAUUUUAUUUCAUCAAAGUUGUGUAGCAAUGUUGAAUCCAUCUUGUAGUCUUUAUCUUGUUUGUAUUGAUUUCCAAAUACAGUAAAUUAAUGGAAAAGAUGAAGGUGAGAGAUCA